UUUUUUCAUAGUACUGUAAAAAAAAAAAUGUCUGGAAGUGAAAGCCAAGGACGAGCUGUAACACAAUAUCUUUAGAAAGCGACUUAUACUUCCCGGCUAUCGUAAUCCUUCUCCUUCCCGUCCUUAUAGGCUGAUCACGAGUCGGCUCCUCUCUCCCAAGCAACAAGUCGUUUCCCAGAAAGGAAUAAAGGGCAUACAAAGACACAAGUGGUGUGUGGAACGUACCAUGAGAGAGACUGACUGCCCCAUCCCUGUACCCAGGACAGUGAGCCGACGUCCGACCUGAGUGCAAGCAGCUAAGGCAGUCGCCCCGGCACACAGAGAGGAGGGGGAAAAAAAGGAUUGGACCACAUUACAGGGAGAGUAACUUGCAAGGAGCCUGAGGACUUUUAAUGCCCUCGCUGGGUCCAACGUGAGACUCUUUCUGCAAAGGAAAAGCCACCAACGAGAGAGAAACAUCUUAAAUAUGAUGUGCACCACACUGAGCCCUGCGAGGCGAGGGCCUGGUCUUUCGGAUAUGCACCAGUACAGCCAGUGGCUGGCAAUUAGGCAUGAGGCCAACCUAUUGCCCAUGAAAGAAGAUCUGGCUUUGUGGCUCACCAGCUUUCUCGGGAAAGAAAUAACAGCAGAGACGUUUAUGGAGAAGUUGGAUAACGGCGCCUUGCUCUGUCAGCUCGCCGAGACCCUACAGGAUAAAUUUCGAGAAAAUCAUACGGAUGCCAACAGGAAACUUAAAAAGAGUCUGCCAUUAAAGAAGAUCCCAUACAGAACCAAUGCCCCAUCCGGCUCUUUCUUUGCAAGGGACAACACAGCAAAUUUCUUAGCCUGGUGCAGAAAUAUCGGUGUUGGAGAAACCUGCUUGUUUGAGUCAGAAGGCUUAGUGCUACACAAGCAGCCCAGAGAAGUCUGCCUUUGCCUCCUGGAACUGGGAAGAAUCGCCGCUAGGUUUGGGAUUGAACCCCCUGGAUUAAUUAAACUGGAAAAGGAGAUUGAACAAGAAGAAACUUUAUCUACCCCCACGCCGUCUCCAUCUCCCUCUCCAACAAAGUCAUCGGGGAAGAAAAGUACUGGGAAACUGCUAGACGAUGCAGUUCAGCACAUUUCCGAAGACCCCCCUUGCAAGUGUCCCAAUAAAUUUUGCGUGGAACGUCUUUCCCAAGGAAGAUACAAAGUUGGAGAAAAGAUCCUUUUCAUUAGGAUGCUUCACAAUAAGCACGUGAUGGUGCGCGUCGGGGGCGGCUGGGAGACCUUCGCUGGUUAUUUGCUGAAACACGACCCAUGUCGAAUGCUGCAAAUAUCCCGUGUGGACGGGAAGACGUCCCCGGUGCAGAACAAAUCCCCCACCAUUAAAGACAUGAACCCCGAUACCUACUUGGUGGUUUCGGCCCAUUACAAGAGCAAGAAAGAGAUCAAGUGAAAUGGAUCAAUGUGGCACCAUCACUAGUAGAUAACGCACCCGCCCCGGGCUGUGUAUCAUAGUCCACUCUGGUAGCAACGGGCUAAAUCUGAAAUCAAAGAUUGUUUUUCCCUUAAACAGGCUGGAAAGUACAAGCAGAGAGUAUUCCCUGUGUAUUCAAAUAUUUAUACAAUGAAAUUGUCAUUGGACGGACACAGACGACUCGAUAUUCUGCACAGAAUCACCUCUGCAUCGUACUCUGCAGCCUCUCUAAGGGGAAAUGAUACUGAUUAUUUCUUUACAAGUGAUACUUGUAUUUUAUUACUUAUUGUUUCAUUUCUGCGUGGGGCCAUAGUGAUGCCCAUGGAAGGACUUGCAGAACAUCUCAGUUUUGGAAACUUACGUCUUUUUUUGUUGUAGCAUGUUUAUCCUUUAUUUUUGUAUGUAUCGCAAUUUCAACGUCUGGUGUUUUUAUUGGCUGAGUUGUGCCUUCUCCUUUCCCCAACAUGCCAAGACGGCGAUCACUUAACUUCAGUCUGUGCCUCUCUAUCGUCAUCUCCCUGAAUUCUUUGGAUUUUAGGUUAUGCAAAGAGUUAAAACAGCUGGGGGUACAAAGGCAUGUUGAGACUGUCUGGAUUUGAUUUUGCUAUACAGAUGGGAUAGGUAACUUAAAGGACAUGUAUACCCCCCCCUCCACAAAAAUGUAAUCAUUGAACAGCCUCUUUGAAAUCUUUAGAUAACUGCUACUCUGGUUGUUAAAAGGUUAACAGUAAGGCUGCAGUAUCCCAUUAAUCACUUAGAAAUCCUUCUCUUCCUCUACCCACUCUGACUUCUCCCUCAGGAAUUUGCUUUGGCUGUUGACUUAUGAGCAUGCUCAGUUCUUCUCAGCUAAGAUCACUAAACAGUCAGUCUA